CUGCAUGUGAACUGGUUUGUUUUAUGGCCACAACGUUGUACCUUCAAAGCGACUUGAUGCCUUGCAUUUCCCUUUGGAAUCGUGCUCGUAAUUUUUCGUAUCUUGUUACCUUAUCUCGAUAGAUUAGUUCACAUACACUCUAGGUGAUCAUGAAGAAACAAGAUCAUCUAGCGCGUCAAACUCAAGGACACCUGACACUCGAAAACAAGUACUUCUGAUGUCAAGUUGUAAACUGUAAACAAUAUGCACUAUGAUAGUACUUGAUGUUUUUCAUCAAGUAUUUACUUGGUGAUGUUCAUCAAGGAUUGACGUUCGUUAAGAGCUUGAUGGAUCAACACAUUACAUCUCAUGUAGAGCUAGAGAGAUUAAAUUUUCAAGGGCCACGUCGUAGACCUAGACAAUUCGCGCUCCUGCAAGAUCUUCUAAGAGAUGGAAAAGAAAACUAUCGUAACAAAGAUAGUCCAGAAUAUCGCGGCGAAAUCGGGGACACACCGCACUAUGAAGAACAGCUGAAGCCUCGACUUUGUAGUCAGCACUACCGCUGGGCUCAUGCAGCAUUACUCGUCGGUCUUAUGGCUCUUUAUCAACGGGUGCACACGAGGAUCAGUGAAAAACCUCAAUGUCACGGGACAACAUGUCCACCAUAGGACAAGGAACACCAUAGUAUCUGGUCGAAAGUUAUCGAAGUUAGCAGCUAGUUGGUGGAAUGCCAGCGUUCUCUUUUCCCGCCAAUGACAGAGGAAUGCUCUAAAAAUUGAAAGCACCAAGCAGCCUAUAGGUUCCAAAGCAGGCGCGCCAGCUUUAGUCCGCCUCUAUCCUUAAGGCCACUCCGGAACGCCAGUGACAUCAACAUUCUAAUUUUAGAAGUUUCAUCCUUAACACCAUCGUCCUAUAUGUCUUUCAUCGUUUCUUUUAUUCUUUCACGCACAAGUAUACCUAUACACAGCUUUAGAUUUAGUUAGAGUUGUACUUCAACAUUAUGAUCGCCAACCCCAUCGUCCUACGUGUCCUCCUGCUACUUUCCUCCCCUUCCAGCCAGAGAUAAUUGCAGAGGAAGGUGAGCAAGUCCUCCAGCGUUCCCAGAAUUUUUCUUGUCGCCCCCUGGCUCACUGGUCUCGCGCUGCAUUUCUUCUUCCAGCAUUUAAACAAUCAUAUACAUCUGGGGAGCAACUUUUUAGUUAUACGAGCAACUUUUUACUUAUAUAUAGUUAUACAACAACCUUAUCGCCCAGUUUUCAACUUCAACAAGUAAGCGUUAUGUCGACAGCAGUAAAAAUAGAAUUUGCUAACUCGUCCCUACAGCACACACCCACAACUUUCGUCCACGUACCUUCUUACACAGCUCGUUCGUUAAUGGUCAUUAAUUCAUCAGCAGGUGCAGGGGUAGACUAGAAUUUGACUGAUCACCGUCCAGUCCUUUCGUUAGUGUUAUGUCGACAAAGCAGAGGCACAGACUUGCUAGUGACCUGUCCGAAUCUGUAGUCGAAUCCUAUCCCCUUUCCUGUCCUCUCCUCUCCUCUCCUCUAAAAUGCAACAUCCCGGACAACUUGAUAAAAGACAGUGUUGCGAGUGAUGCGAGAGCUUCCCUCAUGGCUCCGAACACGUUUGCGGAGAGCUCAGGGCACUUCGUGUCCGUCCGUGAUCUGAUCCAUCGUAUUGUUACGGCUACCGCUCGAGCAUGUCCUCUACUUUAACAACAUGAAGAUUCUUGGUCCAGAAUAGACGGAUCCUAAUAAAAAAUGGCUAUUAGUAGUUUUAAUUUUAACCGAUAAUAAAUUGAUAAAGUUGCACCGUCCUUCACUGUUUGUUUUCUCCUCGAAAAAGGGAGCAACAAGGAUGCACUAUUUAAGGGGAGAUGUGUUAUUAGCGCGGUAGCUGCUCUAAUCGCGGGGAGGAAGCGCAAGCUAGAGGACGAGUAGGGGAUAGAAGGAACGCGCCAACGGCUGAGUGGGCAGCGUUUGGAGCCUCUGCGGAGUCUCUUGUGUUAAGGGUAGUUUCCGAAUUGCAUUCCGCACUAGCAUCCCUCGCUCUUUUCUCAAUACAAAAGGAGCCAGGGACGUCCUGAGGAAUGUAGUAAUUCCGUAGCCUCUAAUUGUCGCAGAUGAGAUGUACAUCUCCGUUCGAAAUGCUCAAC